AUGAACUUUGGGACAGUUGUCAUUACUGCCGGUCUGUGCGGGUUGCUCAGUUUUAUUCUCCUUGCCGUGUCGAUCGGGACUGAAUAUUGGUACAUUAUAGAUGUGGAUGAAGAGAAGAACUCCAGUCUGGAAUACAGCAGCUCUCACUCCGGACUCUGGAGGAUAUAUGAAGGACCAAAUGGCAGUUUUCAUGACAUCUCUUUCUACUCGGACACCUCUAACCACACGGAGCAGGAGAAGCAUCUUUUAAAUUUGCACAGGGUCAUAGUCAUCCUGUUUCCCCUCAGUCUGGUGCUGCUGGUGUUUGGGGGAAUCUUCGGUCUGGUGGCAUCUUUGGCUCAGAGCUACACGCUCCUCUCCUGCAUCGCUGCAUACUUCCUGAUCUGCAGUGUGUUGACGGUGUCUGGUGUGAGUAUUUAUAUCAGUUACUCUCAGCAGGCGUUGGAAGAACUGCAGCACAUGGUGAGUGUGGAGUCACUGGCUCAUGUGCAUAUGUCCUUCGGCUGGUCUUUGCUCAUGGCCUGUCUGUCCUUCUCUCUGGAGCUGUUCACGGGGAUCCUGCUCAUGCUAGCAGCCAAUCUCACCCAGCGUCAGUGCCAGCAUGAGCCAGCUGCUGUGUUCUCCAUGAGCUAG